CUAGUUAAGUAAGAAGAUCCAAAAAGCAUUCCCUGCAUCAGCCAGGUAGUAAUGGCGGCAGGAAUAUAGGAAAUAGCAAGAGAGAGGGGGCAAAACAUCCGCCCUGUCCAACACAAAAAAGAAAAAAAAAUGUGGCGGUGGCGAAGGAAAGGAAGGAAGGAUGUCGCUGGUGAAACGGAAAUGACAGCGGCGACAUGACAAUUGAGAACAACACGGGAAAGGCUAAAAUGCCGUUUGGCGUCCGUCUCUCCCACAUUUCAAUAUCAACAAUUCCUUUUCUCGAUUAAAUCGUCCCUUCUUCUUCAGUUCUUCUUCUCCACUUUAAUUGCCGUAUUUAUUUGUUUUCUGCUACGCUUGUUUUAUUUAUUUAUUAAUAUAAUUGUUACCUCGCCCGACUCUCCUCGUCGGCACGCACAAGUGGAAAAGAGUAAGAAAAGACAAAAACCCACGUCUGGGUGCGGGAGCGCAUUUUUCUCGGCCUCUGCAGACUCUCUUCCGUCAUUCCCGGCCCGGCUUCCUCCCCCAAUUUUCUUCUGUAAUUCUCCCCGCCGGGAUUGCAAGGUACUUCCCGCCCUCCUUCCUUCUUCUUUUCUGCAGUCUAUCUUCUCUCUUCGGCCUGCGCAGAAUCUCUGCUCGAUCUGUCUGCAUUUUCCUCUUUCCUUUCUAUUUCUGUUAUUCUCUUCUUGCCUCUUGCAUGCACAUCCUGUAGAGGCGCAAGUCUUUCGCAAUUCGGCUUCUGAUCUUGAAACUGCCGUUGUUUUCAUUGCUUUCUACUUUAUUCGCUUUUCUCCCUUCCGGAUCGGCUUCGAUUUAGCAGCUAACAGAAAAAGAAGUAGAAGAAGAAGAAGAAAGAAAAAGAUGGCAAUAGCCCUAAUAAGUAGAUAUUCCCUUGCUUGGGGAAUGGCUGAGGAAGAUUGCCAGAAUUAUUUAACUUUGUUGCUGGGCGACUUGGAGUUGAAGAUAGUCAAGAGUUGGUAGGUAUAGUUAUAUGCAUGGUCAAAAUUAGCAAGAAAAACAACACCUAGAUGUAGCGCACAAGUAAAGAACGGUUGUUUUGUGGUUCAAGGAAUGGGUCAAUACUCGACAAUUACUUUGUUUCGUGCGUUUGCUGAUUCAAAAAAGUCUUUUGGAGUCGUUUGGAUGAUGAAUUCUAACGGAUCAAUUUGACUCAAUGAUAUCGUUUUGAAACAAUUGUGUCAAAUUGCUCCAUUUGGCAGUAUACAUUUUGGACGGAGCAAUUUGGCUUGGGGAAUUUGAAUUUACUCCUUUCGAAAGGUAAUUACAAUUGCUUGGGCCGAGAGGAGAUAAUUCGAAUCGACUCAUUUUAAAUGAUUUGUUUGGUAAAAUGAGACAAUUGGCAAAAUUAUAUUGUUUUCCAAUUGAUCCAUCCAAACGACCCAUUAAUUUCUUAAUUCGCGGAUGAAACAUAAUGCAAAUAGCAGCAGCAUAUUGCAUAUAAGGGGUAUGGUACUGUGUGCAAAGGGAAACUCAUCCACCCUUUGUUACUCUUUCUGUUUGCUGACUCUUUCAUUCACAAUUCAUAAUUGAUGUUGCGUCAUAGUCUUUGUUCUGCAUUUGGACAACGUUUAUUGGACAAAUCAUAGUUAGUUCUUUUUUCCCUGACUACUCUGGCUUAAUAUUUGUUCUUCUGCAGCUCCGAUGAAAGGAGGUGGCUUCAAAGUGAAAGGUCGAGAGUUAACUCUUCUCCUAAUCGUGCUUGCAUGCACAACCAUUAUUAUGCUGUCAUGGGAGAGAACCCCGCUUCUUUCUGCCUCCCUUCCUGCUAAUGAUCCCUUACAGACAUACUCGGGUACUUUCUUUUAACUCAUGUGUCGUUCAUACCAAGGAUGCAGUUUGCAGGUUACUUAAUAACUUAACAUUAUCGCUUAUCAGUGUCAGUAAAGGGGUUCUUUUGUGUUCCACAUAAAUAGGUGUCUAUCCCUUGAAAAGUUUUUCAAACAUCUCGCUCAGUAAAUGCAUGUCUGGGUGGCUUGGUUUCUAUAUUCUCUUUGCGUCUGUAAAUGGAGAACAAGUUAUUCCUUAGUCAAGUUAAGCUUUUGUGAUAGUUUCUGCUCCGAUUUGGAAUGCUAACAGUUCAUUCUAAUUGCUUAUACAUCCACCUUACUGAAUGAACCUGAUGGAGCCUGUAUCUAUCUUUUGCUUCCCUAAAUUACUCCAAUACAUAGUUGUAUCAUGUGUCCUCCUUUAUGGUACCAUUCUUAAAAGAUGGUAUUACUUGAUAAUCAUACCAUCUCAAUUUGCUUUCCUUAAUGUUUUAUCUUAAGUUUGAAUUCAGGUCGAUGAUUCGGAGGUUUGUAUUAAACUCUGGUUUGUGAACAUGUACUUAGAGCAGUUUCCUGUCAAAAAAAAAAAAAAAAAAAAAUACUUAGAGCAGUUUGUAGUGAAAUUCUUCUAUUAGAGAUAUAAGCCACAUACCAGUAGAAUUUGAAGAAGGAAACUAAUCGUAUGCUGGAUGAAAAUCCAAGCUUCACUGCUUGAGGGUGGAAAUCUAAUUUUCCGAAGAACAUCUACAUCAAUGCAAAUGCAAAACCAAUUGCAUAUGUUUCCUCUAUUACCACAUCACAAUUUAUGCAAUUCAUCUCAUCUUAAUUUCAUUGCACCUACAACAAUCCAAUUCACUUGCAAUUGCAUAUGUGGUGGGUCCAAGUGAUUUUAUAAUAAACAAAAAUAAAAAAAUGAAGGGAGAAAUGUAUAAAUUAUUCUUUUUAUUUUCCUCUAUGGCUUGCAUCUUGAAUUCCAUCAAAUGCAAACUUGCAUCUUUCCAAGCGCCCACUACACUGGUGCAAUCCCCUUUGCAAUUGCAUAUUGAGUACCAUGUAGGAUGCAAUCAAAUAUCAUUGAUGUGGAUGCUUUAAUAAAUUAUUUUUGAUGAAACAUCAAGAUUUUGAGGAUUUCCUUCCUCAAACACUUCUAAAUUUGGGGAUCCGGUUACAAGUGAAGUGAGGGCCUUCAACUGGCCAGUUAAGUCUAUGCUAAGUCACGUGUGUGGCUUGAUUGAGCCUUGCAAAAUGUUCUCCCCUCUUUUGACCAGCCCAGCUUGAAAAAGUGGUUGCUUCUGUUAACCAACUUCUCAUACUCUUAUUUUCCUACUAUUUAGGAAACUAGCUGAUUGUUUAAUGAGUGUCAUGUAUUCCCUCUGCCCACCACCAGGGUUUAUACUUGCAAGUAGAGAGCAUUUUGGCAUGUCCGGUUUGCUUCUUAUUUUUAAUUUCCUGUGGUCAUUGUUACUAAUUGCAGCAAUAAUGACUUCUAGUCUGUUAUCUACCUAUGUCACCAUCAGAAUAUGUUUCUGUGCCCUGACAGAGAUAUCACUAAACUUAACUGAUAUGGAGGAGAAAGAUAAAGUCUUCACAGAAGCAGGCGAAGAUCAUAUUGCAGAAAAGCCUCCAAGCUUGAGAGAAGCAGAAGGAGAUCCUAAUCAGAAUGUUGAACAGAGUUUGAAUUUGACAUCACAAGGAGUCGCUGAGGGGGGACAAGAAGACGAGAAUACACCAGAAGUAGGAGAUAAACAAGAGAAAUUGCCAAACUUAAUUGAUAUGGAGGAGAAAGAUAAAGUCUUCACAGAAGCAGGCGAAGAUCAAACUGCAGAAAAGCCUCCAAUCUUGAGAGAAGCAGAAGGAGAUCCUAAUCAGAAUGUUGAACAGAGUUUGAAUAUGACAUUACAAGGAGCCGCUGAGGGGCAACAAGAUGACGAGAAUACACCGGAAAUGGGAGAUAAACAAGUUUGUAAUUAUGCAAAAGGGAAGUGGGUGGUAGAUGACAGCUUGCCUUUAUAUUCUGGAUUUGAUUGCAAGCAAUGGCUAGCACCAGGGUGGGCCUGUCGGUUGAUGCAACGGACUGAAUUUUCUUAUGAGAAGCUCAGAUGGCAACCAAAAGAUUGUAAAAUGGAGCGGUUCAAAGGAGAUGAGUUCUUGAAAAGGAUGCAAGGCAAGACUCUAGCUUUUGUUGGAGAUUCAUUAGGUCGCCAGCAGUUCCAGUCUCUAAUGUGUAUGAUCACUGGAGGGUUAGAAAGGAACGAUGUCCUCGAUGUCGGAGGUGAGUACGGACUUGCCGUCCCUGAGAAUGGCCGUCCAGAUGGGUGGGCUUAUAGGUUUCCCACCACAAAUACCACUGUCCUCUAUUACUGGUCUUCUUGCCUCUCUGACGUGGAACGUAUCGACCCUGAGGAUCCAAACACACACUAUGCCAUGCACCUCGAUCGCCCUCCUGCAUUCCUGCGUGAAAAUCUGCACAGAAUUCACGUCCUAGUUCUAAACACUGGGCACCACUGGAACCGCGGGAAGCUGAGUGCUAAUCGGUGGGUCAUGCAUGUUGGUGGUGUCAAGAAUACCAACAAGAGGCUGUCAACCAUGGGGGAUCUCAAGAAUUUCACAAUUCACAGUAUUGUUAGCUGGGUGAACAGCAAGCUACCGGAGAAUCCGCAGCUGCAGGCUUUCUAUCGUAGCAUAUCUCCCAGGCACUUCUCUGGUGGGGAAUGGAACACUGGUGGGAGUUGUGACAACACCAUACCUAUGUCCAUAGGGAAGGAAAUAGUGGACGAGGAGAGUAAGGAUUACAGCGCCUGGCAUGCAGUGCAGGGAACCGGGGUCAAGAUUCUGGAUAUAACGUCUUCGUCCAAGCUCAGGGACGAGGGUCAUAUAUCGAGAUACAGCCUAACAGCGAAACGAGGUAUGCAAGAUUGCCUGCAUUGGUGUCUGCCUGGUGUUCCUGACUCGUGGAACGAAAUCCUUUAUGCACAAAUCAAAUGAAGUGUCGGAAAACGGGUACUUGUAAGUAAGUUUAGUCCACAUAUUCAUACAGGUAGUUUGCUUUGGGAAAGAAGAACCGAUCCAAGCUCUUUUUCUAGCCGUGAGAAGAAGAUUUGGUUAGUGGGAAAUGUGGUCUGUGAAUAGUGGAUGGCCGGAAGGGAAGAUUGAGGAGAAAGAAUUGGGUCCGUGAAGGUAAUUGUUCUCCCCGAUUAUGAACUAAUGAAGUUAGUUCCAUUGUCGAUAGACACGGACGGUAAUGAACUUUGUAGACACGACUGUACACACGGUGGAGGCAUUGAUGGGAAAAACCAAUCAAGGGCACCUUAUAGAUACACGGUUAGGGCACAAUGUAAUUUCCUAUCUGUAAUAUGGGGAUAGUUUUAUGGAAAUUUUGGAUUGAUGGAUUAUAAUAUUUGAUUUGAUUAGUAUAUGGCAAGAGGUGGUGCGGUAAAAUGUCAUCACGUUCAGCCAACGGUUGUGACUUGCAAGUCAUGGUGAUUUGAUGGAUGGAAAAAACCAUAUCAGUAAAAAGGUCGGUCGACUGUUUUCUUCAAGUCAUAACCGUUUUUAAUAUUGUAAUGUUUUCGUUAUUAUCUCUCGAAUGAGUUAAAGAUAUUUAAUUACUAGUAGCGUAGUACUGUUUUCGUUAUUAUACCCGAGUGUGAUGAUGGAGCUUGAUAGUCUACAAUCUUCCUACUUUAUAAUGUCUAAUUACCAUGUGAUUCACAUUUUUCUAAUGAAUUUGAAGGUUGAAA